AGCACACCUGUCAAUAGUGUCAAUCUGAAGAUAAUAAAAAUCCGAAAUUCAAUCAAUCUCGGUUUACGGCAGUCACAUGCUAACCACUUAAUAUUUACCAGCUUAUAAUGUGAGAAAAUUGUUUCAUGUUUACGUGCAAAUUAUUUUGAUGGGUGAGCGACUGCGACCUGAAGAAAUGGCGACCACGAGCACGGCGGUAGCGACCGUCCCAUCUCAGAUCCAAGAGCCCGCAGAGCCGGUAGCGGUGAUAACCCUCCGGCCGCGCAAGUCCCGGAAGAAGGUCGUCUGGACGGACGACACCGUCGACAAUGAACACAUGAAUAAGAAGAAGUCCAAGUGUUGCUGUAUCUACGAGAAGCCGAAGGCGUUCGGCGAAUCAGACUCGGAAGAUAGCGAUGAUGAGUGCGAGCACUGCUUCGGACACGUGGAGAAACGGCACAAACAGCCGGGGAGUAGUACUGUUACGACAGACGAGCAGGACGGGGCGGCGCCGGAGGCCACAGCCGCCAUCACGCUGCAGCCCUCCCCCGCGCCGCCCGACAACAAGGAGAAACCCCAGUGAAUCACCACAAAUUUACUCUGAAUAAGGAUGGUAUUCCCGCCUGUACGGCUACCAUCAGUUUGGCAUUGAGAUAAACGUUACCGUGAACGUAAUUUGAGCGUUUUCCAAAAAAGUGGACAUUUCAUUCAUGUCUUCAAAAUAUUGACUUCUUGGGCUCAUUUUACUCAGAAUCAUUAGUACAUUCACGCCUCAUACAUAAAAAAAUGUGUCCAAAAAUUUCCUUUCCAGAUCGUCACAUUCUUGUAUGAAUUUAUUUUUUUAUUUGUAUGAACGUGACGCACUGGAAUUUUUUUUUUCAUACAAAAUUUUGGGACGCAUUUUUUCAUGUAUGAGGCGUGAAUGUACAAAUGAUUCUGAGUAAAAUGAGCCCAACAAGUCAAUAUUUUGAAGACAGAAUGAAAUGUACACUUUUUUUGGAAAACACUUUUACUUUCUAUGCAUCUCGCUCGUACUGACAUAUUAGUGCGAAACUGAUAUAUAUAAAGUAAAUUACGUUCACGAUAGCGUUUAUGUCAAUGCCAAACUGAUGGUAGCCGUACUGUUCAAUUUAUUUGUCCAAUGUGUAUUGCGUCUCACAUUUUGCUUUAAUGAGAGUGAGACGCACUGACAUUGGACAGGUGGAAUACCACCCUAAGCCAUUCAUAAAAGUUGACACGAGAUUUGUAUUCAACUGUCAAAGUUUUUUUCAAUCCGCGCCAGGUUUCGUGUAUCAAUCUCCUGUUACUAUGCCCAGGGGCAAGGACAUGGUAUAAUAAUAUGCUCCGCCUGGUACUCUCUUCCAGUCUUUUCUAGGUCACCUGACUGACACAAGCCUACGUCAUCGUGCGACAGCGCUAUAUGAUAAUAUGCGAUAGCGCUAUAUAUAGCGGCCAUGUUAUUGUGACGUAGGCUUGUGUCACUCUGGGAAGAGAAGACCAAGUUUUAUUAGACUAUGGGCAAGGAUGCAUUUCAAAGUUCAGUACCUAUAUACUAUACUAACUAUACAAUAGUUAAGGCCUUAACACAUUCACCGCUGAGCUACGGUCGUAACGCUACCGCGUAGCCGAUAACAUGGGUUUCCCGGUAUGUAGCGAAAACGCUUCAAGGCACAACGACACCGCGAACUGAUUAGCGCUGAAUGGGUUAAUUCGUAAACAAUCGCUUCGCAAUGGGGUUACAAACCCGUAGAUUAUUGGUUCCAACUCCAACUGUCUUGAUUUGGAACCAAACAAAAUAAUUUUUUUUUAACUAUGUACCUACAAUUUUUCCGCAUAUCAACAACAUACUAUCUCCAUGUAUAAACUUACUGUUAUGAUCUAAAGUCGAAAUAUCGUUAUAAUGAUUGUAUUUUAUUAAAUAAACACCUUUUUAACCUGUCCCCUAAAAGUGUAGAUUAGUGCCUUAAACACCAAUUUCGCUCAUCAAUCGUUAAAAACAAAUAAUAAACUAUAAAUCUAUAACAAGAAAGUCUACUUUGCAAUGGCACUCCUCGAUAGGUGUUUAAGAAUUUUGUUUAAGGUUACAUUUAAGUUUAUCUGUUAUAGCGAGACGUUUACUUAAUAUUCCAUUGUAUUUAAUUUACUUGGUAAUAAAUACAUGUGAAUACAA